UAUAUUGGAUAUUUGAUUAUAUACAGUCACGUUAUCUGUAUCAAAAAUAUAUCCUCUACCACAAACCUCACUGAGGCACAACUCUCCAACCCCCAAUGGCUUUCAAACCAACUUUGCAAGCAUUUUUAAGCUUUGUGUUAGCUUGUUUUCUUGCUUUUGCACUUCAAGUUUUCUUCUUCUCACCAAUAUCAUCACCAAACUCACUUCAACUUCCUCCACCAUCUUCUGCUCUUCCUCCAAAUAACCAAUUACAGGGAGUGAUUAAACUUGGAGAAGGAUUUCUCAAUGGCCCAGAAGAUAUUGCUGUUGAUUAUGAAGAAGGUACAAUCUAUACAGCUACAAGAGAUAGCUGGCUCAGAAGGCUUCACAAAAAUGGCUCCUGGGAGAACUGGAAGUUGUUAGAAAGUCACACACUUCUUGGGAUUACAAAAGCAAAUGAAGGAGGUGAUCUUGUUGUAUGUGAUAUUGAAGAGGGCUUGCUUAAGGUUGGGGAAACUGGCGUCUCGGUUCUCACUUCUCAUGUUAAUGGAUCCAAGAUAAGUUUUGCAGAUGAUGUAAUUGAAGCAUCAGAUGGUAGUCUGUAUUUUAGUGUUGCGAGCACAAAAUUUGGACUCCAUGAUUGGUAUCUAGACGUUCUUGAGGCAAAACCUCAUGGGCAGCUGCUCAAGUACGACCCAUCAUCAAAACAGACUUCAAUUCUACUUGAUGAUCUGGCUUUUGCUAAUGGUGUUGCUCUCUCUAAGGACCAAGAUUACCUGGUGUUCUGUGAAACGUGGAAAUAUAGGUGUCGGAAGUAUUGGCUUAAGGGAGAGAAAAAAGGGCAAACAGAAAUCUUCAUUGAAAAUCUUCCUGGUGGACCUGAUAACAUCAAUCUUGCCCCUGAUGGGUCUUUCUGGAUCGCUCUACUUCAGCUGACGCCUAAGGGGCUUGAGUUUGUGCACACUUCUAAGGUGAUCAAGAAAUUCAUAGCAACUUUUCCAAAACUGGUUGACCUAGUUAACGGCGUUAAACGAAAGGCGACGGUAGUGAAUGUGGCGGCCGAUGGAACGAUCACCAGGCAUUUUGAUGAUUCCAAAGGAAAGGUUAUGAAUUUCGUUACAACAGCUGUUGAAUUUGAGGAUCAUCUCUACUUGGGAAGCCUAAACUCAGACUUCAUUGGGAAGUUACCCCUGAAAGCUGCUAAUUAGUAACUAGUAAUGGAUGUCUGUCGUAUGUAUAAAUCAAUAAAGCACAGAAAAUGGUGCUAAGUACUAACUACUAUAGCAACUAGUGAAAAAUGAAAAGCAUUUUGAUGUAGGUGGUUUAGGGGGGUUUGGUUUCAAUAAGUGUAGUCGUUUAUUGCUCUUUUUUUUUUGGUUUGUGUCGUUAGGCUGCUUAUAUUGUCGUGUUUAUUCAUAUAAAAAAAAUGAUAAAAGCAUAUUUGAGAA